GCCGCCCGCCCGUUGCCGCCGCCGCCGCCGUCGCCGCGCUCUCGCUUCGCCGGCCGCCGCCUAAGGGGGGCUGGGGCCGGGCCAAGUAGCCGCCGCCGUUGCCGGGAUGCCACGGGUGUACAUCGGCCGCCUGAGCUACCAGGCCCGGGAGCGCGAUGUGGAGCGCUUCUUUAAGGGCUAUGGGAAGAUCCUGGAGGUGGAUCUGAAGAACGGAUAUGGGUUUGUGGAGUUUGAUGAUCUGCGAGAUGCAGAUGAUGCUGUUUAUGAACUGAAUGGCAAAGACCUUUGUGGUGAGCGAGUAAUUGUUGAGCAUGCCCGCGGCCCACGACGAGAUGGCAGUUACGGUUCUGGACGCAGUGGAUAUGGUUAUAGAAGAAGUGGCCGAGAUAAAUACGGCCCUCCCACCCGCACAGAAUACAGACUUAUUGUGGAGAAUUUGUCAAGUCGGUGCAGCUGGCAAGACCUAAAGGAUUAUAUGCGUCAGGCAGGAGAAGUGACUUAUGCAGAUGCCCACAAGGGACGCAAAAAUGAAGGGGUGAUUGAAUUUGUGUCUUACUCUGAUAUGAAAAGAGCUUUGGAAAAGUUAGAUGGAACAGAAGUCAAUGGCAGAAAAAUCAGAUUAGUUGAAGACAAGCCUGGCUCCAGAAGACGCAGGUCCUACUCCAGGAGUCGGAGUCACUCAAGGUCCCGCUCUCGGAGCAGACAUUCUCGGAAGAGCAGGAGCCGGAGCGGCAGCAGCAAGAGCAGUCACUCUAAGAGCAGGUCCCGGUCCAGGUCAGGCUCCCGUUCCCGGAGCAAGAGCCGAAGCCGCAGCCAGAGUCGCAGCCGCAGCAAGAAGGAGAAGAGCCGCAGCCCCAGCAAGGACAAGAGCCGAAGCCGCAGCCGCAGCGCCGACAAGCGCCGCAGCAAGAGCAAAGACCCGGCGGAGGAGAAGGUGCAGAACAGCGACCGCGCCGGCAAGUCCAAGAGCCGAAGCCCCAGCCGGCACAAGAGCAAGAGCCGCAGCCGCAGUCAGGAGAGGGGCGCGGAGGAGGCGCGGGGGAGCGCGAGCAGGAGCCGAAGCAAGGAGAAGAGCCUGCGCAAGAGCCGCAGCCGCAGCCAGGGGGGCAGCCGCAGCCGCAGCCGCAGUAAAAGCAAGGACAAGAGGAAGGGGAGGAAGAGGAGCCGGGAGGAGAGCCGCAGCCGCAGCCGCAGCCGCAGCAAGAGCGAGAGGAGCCGGAAACGGAGCGGCAAGCGAGACAGCAAGUCAGGCAGCGGCGGCGGGAGCAGCAGCAGCAGCAGCAAGAAGAAGAAGAAGGAAGACGCUGACCGCUCGGAGUCCAGGUCACGUUCCCGCUCGGGCUCCAAGGAGCGGGAACGCACCAAGUCCGAGUCUGGCCAGAGGGAAGGCCGAGGGGAGGGUGAAGAUGCCGGCGCCAAUCAGGAGACCCGGUCCAGGUCGAGGUCCAAUUCCAAAUCGAAACCAAACCUUCUGUCAGAAUCACGCUCCAGAUCAAAGUCCGCCUCAAAAACCCGGUCUCGGUCCAAGUCUCGGUCCAGGUCUAGGUCCAGAUCGCCCUCCCGGUCUAGAUCCAGGUCUCACUCGAGGUCCUAACUGGCCGCGGCCACAGCUGGAACUCCCCGAGACGUCUUUUUGUACAUGUUUGGUAGCCGUAGCACAAGUGGUUGGAGUAGAACAUACGUCACUACUGUACAUUUUUAACUCCCCUAAUGGUGUGUCUACAAUUGUUAAAUCUAAGUGCUUCCUCUCCAUAAAGCCUCCUGGGGCCAGGCCUUCCUGCUCGACUGAAAACAAUCUUCUCUUUGAAAACCCCUUUUACUCAUGGCCCACGGUAGAAUAUCCAAAAUGCCUUGGCUUUCAGGCCUGGCCUUUCCUACAGGGAGCUCAGAACCUGGAUGGCUUUAAGGCUGGAAUGAUGUCAUAGGUAGGUAUGGUGAGUUCAACCAUUUUGCCCUUGGAUUGAUGCCCUUUGAUGUAUGCCAUUUAGUGAAAGUGCUCAGUCUUAAGUUUCCUACCACCUUGGUUUCAUAUUUUUGGACUUAACAAAGUUGUGAAUAGCAAGCACAGUCAAGGAAAGUUGAUACCUGCAGUAACCCAUAGGAAAUAAAUUGUAGAGUUCCAUAUUCUGGUAUUGUGAUUAUAUUGUUUUAUAUUAAAAAAAGAAAAGAAAAGAAUUUUUUUUAAUUUUAUUUUUCCCCGUCUUGCAAAGUAUAGUGACCCCUGUUUCCAUUAAAUUUGAAUAAAGACUAUUUUUGCUUGACAAAAUUU